AUGACCUACAUGAUGACCCUCAACCUUGACGAGGGCGGCCCACUGGCCGAUGGGCGGGGUGGAACGACGAAUACAGAUCUUCACAAGCGGACCCUCACCAGGUUUCGGAUGCACAACCAUGGCUGCGACGUGGACGAAGCGAUCAGCCGGGUCAUUCACGCUAUCAACGACCUGGACAAGGUCGGGAGCCACUCGCCCUUCAUGCACGUCUUCGGGAUUGGCGCGCCCGGGCAACUGCGUCCAGCCACGGUGGCCGAGCGUGUGGUUGUGGAGCUCAGGAGUCGCGAGAACCUCGGGGCCGCCAUGUCCGACAUCAUUGAGCUCGCGCGCCGCAGCACCUUCGACGACCUGACCUCCAAGAGUCGACCUGAGCUGCGGAACUCCGAGCCCCAGGCCUCGGCACCGGCCGAGGACCAGCUCCGACAUCGCGAGCGACCCGGGCCGUACUCGGAGGCCUGGCCUCCGCCGAGCAACGAGUCAGACUCCGAGAUGUUCGCCGGCUACCUCAAGUCCAGCAAUGAUCCCCCGAUCGACCAGCUGGGGUGCAUCGAUGAGGGGAUGACCGUCUACUCCGAGAUGCUGAAGGAUAAGAUCGAGUUCCAUUGGACGAAACUGAGUGCGCAGGAGGAGGCCGAGUUCCGCGGGGCCAGGCACAAGGAGGUACGCAACUGGAAGCGGUACGAGGGACUGAAGCCCGUCCCCAUGAGCGAGGUCCAGGACCCCGCCGACGAAAUACGCUGCCACUGGGUGCUCCAGAAGGCCGAUGGUACCGCCAGGGCCCGCCUCGUUCGCCUCGGCCACCAGACAAAAGACGUUGGAAAGGAGCCUACGGCAUCACCUACGGCCUGUCGUCGGGCACGGAAUAUUCUACUCUCCGUGGCCGCCACCAACGACUGGAGCCUGGCCAAGGGUGACGUGACGAGCGCCGUCCUCCAGGCGAACGACCUGAAGAAGGAUCUCUUCGUCGAGGCGGACGAGGUUCUCUCCUCGGCCGUAGGGGUCAGAGCCGGCGAGGUCCUUCGUGCGGCGAAGCCUGGCUGCGGCAUGGGAGAAGCUCCUCGGCAGUGGUGGCAGACGGUGAAGCAAGAUUUCGCAAUGCUGGGUUUGUCGGCCUGCUCGUUGGAGCCCUGCCUCUGGAGCCUCUGGACAUCAAGGAGCUGUACCUACGGCACCUGGGAGGACAUGGAGAUGAGCGCCGAGACCAUUGAGCAGAGUGGUGUCGUGACCGAGCGGAACGAGAACUGGUUCUUUAAGCACAAGCGCAAGAUUCUCGGUGGCGAAUACCGUCUCUUCCUCAUCGCUAACGGUAUCACAAAAAUAGCGAAGUUCAACCGGACCGACGGCAUCUGGACCUUCAAGCACGUUCUCCCAGGAUGUGGAGUUGCCUCGGCCGACUUGCGUGUCAUCACCUGGUGCGACGCGGCCUGGGCCAGCCGCCUUGACGGACACUCUCCGAGGGGCCACGUGACCGCCCUCAGCAACGCGGAGCAGCCCUUCUCCGAGGUGUCCAACUUUACGGAGGCCAGUGACGCGGAGGGAGAGCAGAUGAUGGUUCGGCUCGUGCUGUAUGAGGUUCUCUACGGGGGACUUGAUUUGCAGGACCGCCACGCCCAGUUGGCUGAUGGUAUGACGAAGGCGAGGCAGUAG